AUGAGCGAAUUAGUCAAAUUCCAAAACACCUCCUCUUCAAUUAGUCUUGACACUUCUCUUCUUGACAAGAAGCUUUCAGAAGUCGACACCAAAAUUACUUCUCUUGAACAGAAAAAGGACGCCACCGCCGCAGAGCAAGAGAUUGUUGUGUUGAAAAGUGCAUUGAAUACCCUUCUUGACAAGGUUCUUCUUCUUGAGAAUUCGCACAAAGAACUUCUUGCGAGGGUGUCACUUUUGGAGUCUUCCAAAGACAUUUCAAAAAAUGUUAUACAAAAUGUUAUACCGAGUGUGAAUGAGCCCGUCAAAGCUGAGCCAAUUGAACUUGAAAAACCACAUCCCGUUGUUCUUCCAACUGCAGCUCCAAAGGAACAACCCAAACCAGUGAUUACAGAGGCUCAGAAAGUUGAGUGUAUCAUUUGCCAUCAAAAAGUCCUUGCAUCAACUCUCUUUGAACACGUCAAAAACCACGGACAAGUCAAACCAGACCAAACUCUUCCACAACCAAAGCCAAUCCAACAACCUCAACAAAUCAAACCAAUCGUACAACCACAACAGCCCGUUAAAGUCGAAGUCAACCCCGUCGAACCUGUCCAACCCCAAGUCGAUCACAAGGACGACGGCGACCUCAUUGUCGAUUGUCCUAUCUGUGGAAAACAUUUACCUCAAAAGGAAAUCGAGAAGCAUCUCGACCAACACUUGAUGGACGACAAAAAGUUCGAGUGCCCGUUCUGUUUCCAAGACAUGAAGAACGCAAAGGACCUCCAGAAACAUGUCGCAUCUGUUCAUAAGGAAUAG